AGUCCUCGUCGUUCAGUCGCUGUGGCAGCAUCGUCUUGUACUGAACCACCAGUGUGUUUCCUUUUUCUCUCUCCGUUUAGUCUUUAUGUUACAGUUCCACAAUUAUUGCUAUUAAUUAGGCAUGUUUUUUGUGUGAGGAGAGCCAGAAAAAAAUGUUGAUUACGUGAGAAAUACUCAACCAUUCGUUUAUUUUGUAAAAUACAUAAAAAAAAAGUUCUCCACCGGAAGUCAUGCCGUCUGAUGUGGGAGAGGACCAGCAAUCAGAGAGGAAGUGAAAUGAUGUGGACUGGGGAGAAAUUUAUGAUUUUCUCUCCCCCACACAAAUGAUUCUGUGGUGUAGAUAGAUUUCAAAAAAAAAAUACAAUAAAAAACAAAACUUUAAAAUAAAAUACAUUUUAUAGAUGAGGUUGGUGGUGUAGAAGGUAUUUAUGUAGAGAAGUGGGCGAGUGAAACAAAGACAAAAGGAUUGAAGAGGUGAAAAGCAAGAGAUAAAGAGCAAAGAGAAAGAGAAAUUAAUUGGAAAAUUCCACUCACACAUCUCUAAAAAUAUCAGUUAAUAAACAAAUCUUGUAGCCAAUUUAUUAUGUGUGGAUGAAAGUGUAAAAUUGUAUUUAAAUCAUUUAGCGUAAAUAUUAGAGAGAAGUGAGUGCCAGUGGUAAACGCUACAAUUCUUGUGAAAAUGUGCAUGAAAAUGAACCAAUUGGGUGUCCAAUAGGAACAUCUUGGUGCGAUGUCUUUUCUCUAGAAAUAAUUGAAGGCGUAUUGAGGUGAAAAAAUCACCCGGGGAAAAUUAAUUACAGCUCCUUUCGUAAGUGCAAAAAAAAUCAUUGUUUUAUUCUUCGAUUUUUGGAUGGAGAAAAGUUUUUUUUGUGUGUGUGAAAUAAAACAGUGCGAAUCAAAAGAACGCAUUAAUUGUGACUCGAUCAGGCUUAUUUAUGGUGGCUAGAAAAACAAAUUGGAAAAAUAUACAAUUGCUGUGAGGAAUAAAUUCUUUCAACUUUGGCGGCACAAUGAAGAAACGAAAGGACGAUGAGGUUGGUAUGGUGUGGAAGAUGCUGGAUGAGGAAUCAUUUCACUGCCACAGAGAAGGGAAUUGCUUAUAGAAGACGUCGAAGGUGUCCAAUUGCUUUGGGGGGUUUGGGGAAGCUGGAGAGUGUCGGUCUGCGUCUCUCUCUGCCAUCACAUAAAAAUUAAAUUAAUGUGCUGCCUGUGGAGUGAUUAAAAAAGCGCGCCCAAGACCAUGAAUCUCAUCAAUAUGGAUUCAGAGAACCGGGUGGUCCUCAAUGUUGGUGGUAUCCGACAUGAGACCUACAAGGCGACACUCAAGAAAAUCCCCGCCACCCGGUUAUCCCGUCUCACCGAAGCUCUCGCCAAUUACGAUCCCAUCCUCAAUGAGUACUUCUUCGAUCGUCAUCCCGGUGUCUUUGCUCAGGUCCUCAACUACUACAGAACGGGAAAACUGCAUUAUCCAACAGAUGUGUGUGGUCCACUGUUCGAGGAGGAACUAGAAUUUUGGGGUCUUGACUCCAAUCAAGUGGAACCAUGCUGCUGGAUGACUUACACCCAGCAUCGUGAUACACAGGAGACACUCGCAGUACUCGAUCGGUUGGAUUUGGACACGGAAAAGCCGUCAGAGGAGGAAUUGGCUAGAAAAUUCGGUUUCGAGGAGGAUUACUUCAAAGGCUCAGUUUCCUGGUGGCAGAACAUGAAACCACAAAUUUGGUCUCUAUUCGAUGAACCGUACAGUUCGAAUUCAGCUAAAAUAAUUGGUGUCGUUUCCGUGUUCUUCAUUUGCGUUUCCAUUUUGUCAUUCUGUUUGAAAACACACCCCGACAUGCGGGUGCCCAUCAUCAGGAAUAUCACCGUACGUACAGCUAAUGGAAGUACAUCGUGGGUGUUGGAUAAAGCACAAACCAACGCCCAUCUCGCAUUCUUCUACAUUGAGUGUGUGUGCAAUGCGUGGUUCACCCUAGAAAUUCUCGUGAGAUUUAUAUCAUCACCGAAUAAGUGCAACUUCAUAAAAUCAUCCGUUAAUAUAAUCGACUAUAUCGCCACAUUAAGUUUUUACAUCGAUCUGGUGCUCCAGAAAUUUGCGUCCCACCUGGAGAAUGCCGAUAUCUUGGAAUUCUUCUCAAUAAUUCGCAUAAUGCGACUGUUCAAGCUGACGCGACACAGCUCCGGCCUCAAGAUUCUCAUACAGACAUUUAGGGCAUCCGCAAAGGAGCUGACCCUCCUUGUAUUCUUCCUAGUGUUAGGUAUCGUCAUAUUUGCCAGUUUAGUGUACUACGCGGAGCGAAUACAGGCCAAUCCGCACAAUGACUUCAAUAGCAUCCCACUUGGCCUCUGGUGGGCCCUUGUUACGAUGACAACGGUAGGUUAUGGUGACAUGGCGCCCAAGACGUAUGUUGGCAUGUUCGUGGGUGCCCUAUGUGCCCUAGCUGGUGUACUGACGAUUGCCCUGCCAGUUCCUGUAAUCGUCAGCAAUUUUGCCAUGUACUACUCACACACGCAGGCCAGGGCGAAGCUACCAAAGAAACGAAGACGCGUACUUCCCGUAGAGCAGCCGCGACAACCACGAGUACCAGGACAACCUGGAGGAAGUGGUACGCCCAUUGGGAAUGCACCCCCCGGAGCCCCUGGAUCCGGCGGUACGGGUCCUCGUAGGAUGAAUGCCAAUAAGACUGGCGCAAAGGAUCUCGUUGGACCAAAAACAGGACCAAUUGGGGCGUCAAUUGUGGCCAUCAGCCCACGACACGUACUCGAUCUCAAUCCGGGACUUGUGAUGGGGAAGCCGCUGUUUGAGUCCAAGGGGCCACCAAUAACGGCAAAGGAGCCAUCUACCAACAAUACCACGGCCAGCGAGAAGACUUUCCUGUAAUUUUGCACCAUAUCAUCCCACAUAAAAGCUGCGGCGUACACCAAUAUAUAUGUAACAUAUAUUCCUCGUGAACCAAUCUCUUAUUUAUUGAUUCCCACCCAUGGGUUUUUACUACGUUUCUGACUGAACGAUAUCAAAUAUCCUUCGUUUGUAUACACAAAAACACACACAUACAUAUACAUUUCAUCCACAUAUUGGCACAAAAUAUAUCACAAAUAUAACUCAAAAAAAUUUCUAUAAAAAAAAAACGAUUGAAGGGAGCACAUUACAUAUAGCAGAAAGUGUGUAAUAUAAAAUGUACAUAUGAGCUAGACAUAAAUUUAUUGAAUUUAGAGUGACAUUGAUUCUUUCUAAAUUUUGCAUUUAUCACAAAUGAGAGAAAAAUUACAAAUCAAGACAUUUAUCUAAUUAUAUAUAAAUUCGGAGAUGAAAGAUAUUUAUAUAUAGAGUAUAAACAAAGAAAAAAAUCAAAUAAAAUUUUAUGGCAAUAUCUGCAGGACAAACACAAGCUUUCACUCUAUCAUUAACAAAAUUUUACUUUUAACAAUUAAAUAUUCUCCUCGUACCCAUGACCCUCCCAGACUACAUAGAACAGAGUGAACAAAAUGGAUUCAAAAUGACAAAGAAGGACAAUUAUUUCAUCAAGAAAAAAGUAAAAGCAAAAAGCCAAAUCAUUGCGACAUUUUCAAUGACAAAAUUUAAUUUAUUAUACUACUUUGCUCUCCAAAAAAAUUUCCCCCCAAGGACGUCUGACAUAUAUGAAUGGCUAUAUAGUUGAAAGCUUUUACAGGAGGAGCUUUUGCAGUUUUCCAGCAUUAUACCGCACAAAUUUUCUCUGUUCAAACAGAAUUUGCACUCGAGAACGAGAGGGAAUUCAAUAAAUUUCAUGAAUGAAAAUUUCUCCAACCACAGAGCUCUUGCACAAAUAAGCGCAUAUAAGGGUUAUUCCAUUAUAAAUUAUAUUUAUUCACAAAGUCUUACAUUAAUAAUGAAUUUAUCCAUAUACCCUCCGCAUUGAGCUUUCACAUUUUGGGGUGAAAGUGCAUUUUACAUGACUUUUAGUUUGUUGCUGUGAGAAAUGAAUUUCUCUAAUACCUAAGGUACCCCUCUAUGGGUAGGUAGUUAGCUACCAUUAUGAUAUAUUCAGAGCUUUUUGUGAGCUUUGCGUAAAAUUAUUAUUUUAACUUGGAACACUUCAUAUUCCAAGGAUUUGAGACUUCUUACGAAAAUUCAAGAAUUAUUAAACUUUCAGGUUGUCAAACCUUUUGUAGUUAAUUUACAAAAGAAAAGUCUUACAGGAAAAAUUCAUGAGAAAAAUAUUGAAAAGUUUAGGUUUCUUGUUGAAUUAUUUCUGUAAAAAAAUAAACAGAGACAAAGAAAGCUCAAAAAAGCGUCGAAAGCUCUAGAUAAGAAAGGAUUAGUUUGCACUGAUCCACAUCCUUGAAUGACGCUUACGGAAGGAUGUAGCGUUCUACAUAUCCUCUCUAUCAAUCGUCGUUAAUUCUACUAAACCAAGAACAAGAAUAUUUAAAUUUCGUAGACACUAAAAAUUUUUAAAUUCCUCUUAUUUCAAGGGAAAAAUUAUCGUUAAAUAAACUUAUAAAAGCUUUUCUUGCUUUCCCGUCUUAAAGACUUUCGGUUCGGUAUAAAGGAUGCUGAGCUCUCUCUCUCUCUCUAUUGGAGAACGAAUCAAAGCUAAACGAAUAAUACACAAGACACCUCAUUUAAUACUCCUUGAUGUUCUCUCUGGGGAACUCUUGGAAAAUUCCCACGACAAUCAGUGUUAUGAAAAUUUAUUAAGAUAAAUAAGUGUAUUAUUUUCUUUAGCUGUCGAAUGGCUCCUCCUCUAUAUAUCCCAAGGAAUGGUCAUUAGUUAAUUACAUUUUCCAAUUAGAUGUCCCCGCAACGAGUGGCAAACCCUCAUUGCCGUUUUUAUUUAUCUUCCACGAAAAUGGAGGAAAUUUCAAGAGAAGAAAUUCCAUUUUCCCGUGAAAAAGCAAAAGAACUGGAAACACAGAUAAUUUCCCCCGGUCUCGGUAGGAACAUUUCAAAUACCUGCAUAUUUUCUCUCACACCACUCGUUGAAGCCUUGAGGGUCUGGCUGAAGAGUCGCUGGGAUGAAAGCAUUUGUUGGAAAAUUGUAUGCCCUUCGAGGUUGCUCUUUCAUGUUCUGGCAACGCAAAGAUUUCUCAAUGAAAAAGUGCGGCGGGAAUAUGGACCACCCACACUCAAUCACAUUCCAUUGAGGUUUCUCUCGCAAUGAGUCUUUUAUGGGGGAAUUUCGUGCAGCACCAAGUAAAUUAAAUCAAUUCAGGAUGUAUCAAUAGUCAUGGUGGAAUUUUUUCCACAGUUUUUAGUUCAAAGAGAAGAAUUUUAUUCAUUUCCCCUCCUUGAAAGCAUUGAGAGUCAUUUGAAAUAUUCGUUUUGUGGCUUUUUUUUAUCUUGAAAUUCCUUUGAAGCGUUAAAACUGCACUGAAGUCAUUAAAGUUUGUACAACAUUGAGAAUGAAAGCUCCCAUUUUGUUCAUUUCUUGCCAUAAUUUUUUUUUAAUAUUGUGAAAUUCAUUUUUGCCUCGCUCCUUAUAAGUUAAUUACCAUGGUACGGCAAAGAAUCUCCCAAGAGGUCAUGGGAAGUUAACAGAGGAAGAAUUAUUGUGUACAUAUUUCAUUUUCUGAUUUUUCCGGGGGUUUGUUCCAUAUUUUCCCUCCCAAAAUGGAUUUAUGGAAAGUUCUCUAAUUGAUUUUGUAUUGAUCUCAAAUAAUAUUCUACAAUUUGUUUUAUAUUAAAUUUUACUUUAAUAAACAAAUUUUCUGUUAAACUAACAAUCAUAUCAUCUGUCAAUAUAAAUUAAAAUCAUCAAAAAUUCAAAACCAAUCACUGACUAUUGCAUAAAUCAAUCAGCAAAUCAUGUUUAUUAAUUGAAAAUAGUCCAUCAGGCAUUAUGUGUAAUGAUUUAUCAAGCUCUAUUGUGUAAAUAAUUACUAAAAAAAAUCAUUUUUAAAAACACCUCUAGUCAUUUAUAGGAUAUUAUAAACAAAUUAGGUAAAAAUGUAGCGAAUAAAUGGUUUCAAAACCAAGAAUUUUAUAAUUAAAACUAACUAAGGAUUGAGGGGUAUAAUUUUAAGCAAAAAAAAAACUGCACAAUAAAUUAUCAAAUUUUUCUGUCCUUAACUGCUCAAAUUUCUCGCAAAUUCUCAUAUUUUUAUCAAAUCAAUUUUCAUAUCAUUAUAUGCGCAUUUUAUUGGAAACUCAAUUUUCUCCAAAAUUUCCUCAGGCUUUGGGCCAUUGUAGAUGUCGAAUAAAAAAUAAAGAAGAUUUUUCUCUUUAGCGGAAGUUCGAAAGAAAUUUGCAUUCUAUAAACUUAAGUUUUUUUUCUCUUUUUUUUCUGUGAACUAUAUUUAUAAAGUUCCUUCUAUGUGCAGAGAAAUUUCCCAUUUCGUUCUUUCUUUUUUUUUCCUGCUAAUUCUGAAAAUGCCCCAAACUCACAACUUUGUGUGCAACAUCCGGACCAAAAAAAAAGUUAAUAAACAUAACAUGGAAACGUUGAGAGAAAAUAAAAAAAAACUGCAAAUUAUAUCCUGAAAUUUUCUCCUUCUACUCUGAAAUGUUAUAGUGGAUAAAAAAAGGAAUAAAAAGAAAUUAUAAAUACAAUAAGAUUUUUUUUAUUACACUCAAAGUGGCAACACAAUUUCCAUUUUAUGUGUGUCUAUAGCUAUUUGAUAACAAGAAAUAUAUAUACCAAAAAUAAAUAAAUAUAUAUUUGUAAUUAAAGUAAAAAGAAAAGAACAACUUAAAGUUAAACUAAAGAGAUAUAGAAGGUACAUUGUAAGACUACGGAUAAUAUUAUUUUCUAAAUUUUGUUCACGUUUGUAAACUCUAUCGUUAAGGUGAUUGAAAAAUCGUGAAAAAAAGAGAAACAAAACAAGCAUUUAAUGUGAUAAAACGUAGUUAAAAUGCCGAACAAGGUGUCAGUAAAAAGGGUGACAGAAAAAGGGUGUAAUAGAGAAAUUGAAAAUAAAAUAUCACUCAAGAGAGAAUGAAAAUAAAAACCAAAUGGGGGUCAAAUGUAAAGUAAAAAAUGUAGGACAAAAUAAUGCGGGGAACCUAAAACACAAAUCGGCCAUCAGAGAUAUUAAUUUAAAUACUAAAUUCAAAGAAAAUACAAUUUAUCUUAAAUAAAUGAAAAAAAAACUAUCAUAAACAUAAUAAUAAAUAUUUAGAGAAAAAAAAAUUGAUAAAAUUUAUAAAUGUAAUAGCUUUCCUCACACAUCCAAACACAAAUAUACAUUUUCAAAUUAACUAAUAUUAUGAAUAAAAAAAUGAAUCUCAUUCACACCAUUGCGACACAUAAAUAUUUAUCAUUUUCACACAUUUCUUUCUUUAUUAAAAUAAAAAAAAUUAUCAUGUGAAAAGAAUAAAUAAAACAUAAAGCUAUUAAAUCAAAUAAACCUGACAAUUUAGGAUGGGAAAAAAUAACAUAAUAUUAUUGUAAAAAAAAAUGAAAAACUUCUACCAAUCAUACACUGUGUGCAAUACACAUCGCAUAAAAAAUUCUUUCCUUACAUUCAGAAACCUUUACCCAUUUCUUUUUUUCGAGGAAGAAUCACGAAAAGUAUAUAUCAUUCAACUUAUGCAGGAUAAGGACAUGCAAAAGAGAAAAGAGAAACAUUUUGAGACUUUAUACAAUUGAGCGCAAGAGUCCCGUGGACAAAAGGACUGUAUCACAGUAAAAAAAAUUAUGCAAAGGACAAAAGAAAAUCAACCAUUGUUUCCAUUUAAGAUGAAUUACGCGAAAUCUAAGAGAGAUUAUUUAACAAAAAAAGAGUGACAGAAAUUAAAGUUAUACAAUAAAUUUCAAGAUUGUUAAGAAAAA